AUGACUGAUGAAAAGCCAAUAUCAUUACCAAUGGAGCCUGGAUGGAUACCUGAUAAGUCACCACCAGCUACUGAUACCGACACUUACCGAGAAAUUAUAGGCAGUCUCACAUAUUUAACAUUGGGGACACUUCCAGAUCUAGCUUAUGCUGUAAAUGUUGCUUCAAUAGCACAAGAUUCGCCUACUGAAGCACACCUAAAAUUAAUUAAACGAAUUCUUCGAUAUUUGAAGGGUACAAUAAAUGAUGGAAUUCAGUUUAGGAAAACAAACAAUUCUGCUAUAGAAGGUUAUAGCGAUGCUGAUUAUCCAGGUGAAAAAUUGACUAGAUGUUCAACAAGUGGAGUUUUAAUGAAGUUUUGUGGUGGACCAGUAAUGUGGAAAAGUAAACUACAGAAAUGUGUAGCACAAUCAUCAAUGGAAGCUGAAUUUGUUGCUGCCAGUGAGGCAAGUAAAUCUCUAGUAUGGCUUGAUCUUUUAUUGAAAGAAAUUGACAUUGUUGAAAACAGUUCAAUUUCUACUUUACGCAUUGACAAUCAAAGUGCUAUUAAAUAUAUCAAAGGCGCAGGAUUCUAA